AGUUGCGUUUUUUACGCUCUGCUCUCUCACAUAGCUUAGCUCAUCCUAAUGCCAAUGCUUUAAUGUUGUCUAGUUUGCAUUAAAGUUUUUAACAUUCUUCUUUUGUUUGUUUGUUUGUUUCCUCUUUUUCUUUUUCUGUACUUUCUAAUGUCUGCAGUAUCCCUUCCAACCACUUCUCUCUCUUUUUUCGGUUCAAAAACAAGAAGCAAUUUGAUAAUAUGUAUGGUAUAGGUAAAAAAAGUAAAAAAGUAAAAAAGAAACGAGGGUGCAAAAUGCUUCAGUGGUCGUCUUCUUCUGGUGCAGUAAAGCAAGUCAUAUGGUUGCUGAACCACUGCUCUAAUCUGAAACACUUGCACCAAACGCAUGCCUUUAUGUUAUGUAGAGCACUCGAUCACGACAACCUCUUACUUUCCCUAUUCAUCCAGUCUUCUUCUUCUCUCGGCUUUUCUCUUUACGCCUAUUCUCUCUUUACCUCCCUAACUCACCCUCCUAACAUCUUUCUCUACAACACCAUCAUCAGAGCCCUCUCUCUCUCCCCCCAACCUUCACUUUCCAUCUUUCUUUUCAACCGCAUUCAGUCUGCCCGCUUGCGUCCCGAUUCCUACUCCUUCCCCUUUGCCCUGAAGGCCGUCAUUCGGUUGUCCGCUACCAAAACUGGUUUGCAAUUUCAUUCCCAAGCUAUUCGCUUUGGCUUACAUUCUCACCUUCACGUCCUCGUUUCCCUCAUUCGCAUGUACUCCUCUUCUCACAUUUCCGAUGCUCGCAAGCUGUUCGAUGGGAUUCCCCUCACAGCUAGAAAUGUCGCUCUUUGGAAUGCUAUGCUUACUUCUUAUGCCAAGAUCUGCGACAUGCCAAAUGCUCAACAUUUGUUUGAUUCUAUGCCCCAGAGGAAUCUCAUUUCUUGGACUGCUCUCAUUUCUGGCUAUGCUCACAUCAAUCGCCCCCACCAAGCAAUUGCCAUCUUCCGAACAAUGCAGCUUCAAAAUGUGGUGCCUGAUGAAAUCACCCUGCUGGCUGUACUUUCUGCUUGUGCCCAAUUGGGUGCUUUAGAGUUGGGGGAAUGGAUACGUAACUACAUUGACAUCCAUGGUUUACAUAGAAAUGUUCCUCUUCAUAAUGCCCUCAUAGACAUGUACGCAAAGUCCGGCAAUAUCAAAAGGGCAUUGCUUAUAUUUGAGAGUAUGAAGCAUAAAACUAUCGUAACAUGGACAACCAUGAUUGCUGGACUCGCCCUCCAUGGACUCGGAACACAAGCUCUUGAAAUGUUCUCUCGCAUGGAAAGGGACAGAGUUAAGCCAAAUGAAAUUACUUUUAUUGCUGUCCUUUCUGCUUGCAGCCAUGUUGGAUUGGUUCAAUUGGCACGAUCAUUUUUUACCAACAUGAGAUCAAGGUAUACGAUUCAACCCAAGAUUGAGCAUUAUGGCUGCAUGAUAGAUUUACUUGGGCGUGCUGGCUACCUUCAGGAGGCCCAACAACUGCUUCAACAAAUGCCAUUUGAGCCUAAUGCAGCUAUAUGGGGGUCUCUUCUUGCUGCUUCUUAUACUCAUGGUGAUGCUAUGCUUGGGGAGCGUACACUGAAGCAUCUGAUAGAGUUGGAACCAAAUAACAGUGGAAAUUAUGCACUUUUAUCUAAUAUAUAUGCUUCUCUAGGUAGAUGGAAGGCAUCUAGGAUAGUGAGGAAGAUGAUGAGGGAUAGAGGUGUUAAGAAGAUACCAGGAGGAAGUUUCAUUGAAGUAAAUAAUAGAGUUAAUGAGUUUAUUGCUGGAGAGACAUCACAUCCUCAAUUUGAUGAGAUCUAUGAAGUUAUAUACAAGAUAAAUGAGCAGUCGAGACUUUCUGAAAGUUUGGAAAAAGAAUGCUUUGAGCUGCUUGAAUUUGGUGAGGAAUAGAUGUACAUCUGCUUCUGACUGUACAGGACCUCUUUCAAACCUAAUUCUGCUAGCAUUAGGUAACUCAAUAUAGUAACCACUUGAGAAUUGGGAUGCUGCCAUUCAUGCCCAUUUUACAGCUGACCAAUUAAUUAAAGCUUUCGAUUAUAUUUUCUUCCUUCUGGACUUGAUUAAGCUUACUGACCUCGCUAAAUGGCUUAGGUUCUGGUUCACUUUGGAGGUAGUUGGGAAUUGUUUCACCUCGUAGCAUCUACCAUUUGACUUACUUGGUACUCUUGUUCCAGUUAAAGCAUUUUAAUAGCAUCAAAUUAUGUAUUCUAUCUUAUUAACAAGAGGUAAGCUUUUAUAAAAUCUGAAUCCUUUCUAUGCUGCUUGUCAAUUUUCUUUUACACACCUGCAUGGCUUAUUCUUUUUAUUCUUGUAAUAUAAUUAGUUUGUUGCACAGAAUGAGAUGUCUGGUAUAGCAUACAGAAUCAACAACUUUGAUCAAAAUGUAAAUCAAAAAAUGAAUAUUCAUUUUUGUUUUGUUCGAUCUAGCAAAUGCCAUGAAACAGUUCAUGUUAUCCAUUUGUUGAUAUAAGGAGCUAACACAAAAUGAUAGCUCAUACUUUGCAUGAUUUCUGUCGGCCAAUGGAAUAAUAAUUGAAGCGUUUCUAGAAAGCCAAUUGUUAUAGGGGUUCGGUUACAUUUUAUCUGUUGGUUACUCUUCACGGAUGCUUGUGCAAAUUAGAGUUAGUGAAAUACUAGGUAAAAUGGGUUGUGGGGAAACUGAUAAAGAUAGGUGAAACUCAGAAGUAUUUAGUUAUGAAUAAUCAAAAAACUCAAUUAGUUAACAAUUCAUUUUAUAGGAGUAUGAUAUCUUAUAGCUCAGAAUUUUGCAAGUGAGGAUGUAUGCAUAUCUCUGUCUGUUUCAAAUCAUCUGUUACUGAAAUUAUACAUCUUUAGUGUUUGAGGCACCUGCAGUUCUAGUUCACAUUGUUCUUCUGCUAUUAUUCAAGUCAUUUAUUAGAAUAUUCAGCAGAACGAAUUUAAUUGUAUACUAUUUGAAACAGCAUAAGGAUUCUGUUGGCAUGAUAGCUCCAGAAUAUCUUCUUAAGUCUACAGGUAUGGUAAAACCAAAGAGCCUAUUAGAUAAGUAUAACUAAACAUUUAGAUUUAUCUGUACAUAAAUCAAUAAAUUAAGUCUACCUGAUGCACAUCUAAAAUUUUGGCAUCCUCUUGUUUGUUCAGAGAUAUUUUCCAGCUAAGGAAGCUGGAGCAAAACUUCGAGAAGUUAUUUCCUGCUGUAGAAGUAGGCAUGGAGUUUCAUUUAAUCAUUUAACUGAAGGCACGAAAACCAUUUAUACCUGCUUUAUUGCCCAAAUAUUAAGCACAAUGCAUUGCUUCAUCAGGAUCAAACUUGCUCUCUAGCAUAUAGAAAAUAAGGCUUGAAUAGUGAGCAUUUGUAAGGUUCCAUUGACAUCCAACCCCCACUUCAAUCUCCACACCUUCCCCUCACAGAAAGAAAAAGAAAUGGAUGUCUCCCUUUUUCAUCCAAUGGUGUUGCUUCAAAGCAUUAAACUGUAGAAGAACUCAUGCUCAUAUCCCAGGCUGUAAAACCCCAAUCCUAGAAGAGCACUAACGCAUAGAGUCUCGAUUUUCUGUUUAAGAACAUGACAUAUUCCUGGAAAAAAAUACAUUUACAGUAAUAAAAUUGAAUUAUACUCUUACUACAGUUGGAUAAUCAUAAGAUGCAAGUAAUUUCUUAUACGUCCUAAUGAGUAUGCAAGUGUAGAAUGAGUUUUUUUUUCUUUCAUUUUUUUUGUUCCUUUUCUUUCUGGGGUGAGGAAACUGGCUAAAAGCUUAAUGAAAGUAUUAUUUUAGGAAUAUAUAAGAGAAAUAUUUUGUUUUGACUAAAAGCUUUACCUCUAGUCUGCAUUUUUUCUUGAGAUUUAUCAAUUUGCUUCAUUAAAUCUUUCCGGUUUGAAAAGUUCAUAAAUAAUGCUUUCUGCGCUCUCAGUUGGAGUAUGUCAUGCCUUCUUUCUUUUGCCAAACAUUGAAUGGAGACUUCUGAGUCAUUCCUUUCACUAUCUUCAGUAUUCGAUUCCAUGGGUAGUUUCUGACAGCAUAGUUCAAGUUCUGACAUGGACACAGAGUCACCAGAAUCCCCUUUCAUGUAAUGGAUACUGCCGUCUGAAUCAGAUUGCAAAACUUCACAGUUUCCAUGGUUUGUCUUCGACUGAGAACUAUCUGAAAUUUGUUUGUCUUCCACUGUUUCCAUGCUUGACAAUGCAUUUGCUCUAUCAUCUUUAUAUUCACAAAGUCUGUGACAAUUCAAGUCUUCUAGAGAACAAAUGCUCCAUUUAUCAUCCUCUGUCCAUAAAAUAUCAAGAGAUUCUUGUGCUUGUUUCAUUCUCUUCCCUUCAGUUGUCUGAGAUACUGGAAUAGAAUUAGAUUUUGACUCCCCAUUGAAUAAAUCCUUCAACAUUGUCACUGAUGGUUUAUCAACCUCUAGUGUUGAUGUGGCCCUUCCAACUCCUCCAUCAGUAACCAGCUUGUCUUUUUUAUUCUGGCUCACUACCUUUUGCGUUCUGAAAUCGUAUAAAAUAUUUGCUUCUUCAUUAAAAGACUUCUUUGUUUUUCUCUGCUCAUUUCGCCCAUGUUUCUUCUCAGGAGUAGGAACAGCUAAAACCCGCUUCAUCCUAUGAGUAUAACCACUCAUAUUGAUUCCAUUCUUUUGUAGAUCAAGCCAAUUGUCAACCUUCAAAAAUUUGUUAUGAGUAGUCUGUCCUGUCCGUCUAAUUGUAUUUUUCUGAAUGUGACUAAUAUCACCCAUUUGACUAGCUGAACUCCUUGAUGCUUUUUCUUGCUCUCUGAGAUCAGUCAUUUUAACAUCAAUUUCAGAUGUUUCUUGGCUGUAUUCUGUUGCAUUAUCAGCAUUAUUUCUUGUGUCCAGUCCCACCAAACAGCUAGCUCUGGUAACACUAUGAUCUGAUUUGAAAUCUGAGUGAUCCUUCACAGGGAAAGUCACAGACUCAGCACGAUGAGAGGAUGGCCUUCUUCUUUCUGGCACUGGGAUGUUACUAUCUGAGGCUUGGAAAAUUGUCCCUGAUUUCCGUUGGCUGCAAAUGGUUGCCCUCAUAAAUCUUGGUAACUUUGAAAUGGGUGCUACUGCAGUAUCUGCAGCGCUGUUCUUCGUAAGUGGCUCUUCAGCAAUACUAUGUGCCUCAAGUUGCUCUUCAUAAGCUAAGCUUUUUCCUGUUAGUUUUUCUAAUUUCUUCUCUAAUUUUUCAAUUUCUCUUCUAGCAUGCAGUCUCUCAUGUUCAAUCUCUAUCAUCUUUUCCUGCAGAUUUUCCAUUGCUACUUUCUUCUGCUCUCUUACUUCCUGAUUUUUAAAAACCUUAUUGGUAAAGUGAUUACCAAUGGGAUCGGCUAGAAGUUAUGUUGGAGUUUGUUGAGGCAGUUGAUCUGAAACGACAACCUAAUCUGUACAGCCUCAAAGCUUGGUGGAAAUCAUUCACUUGAAUUGACACAAGGUUGUCAAUUUCAAUUCCUCCUUCUGGAUCUGUUUGAACUGAAAGGCUAAAGAAAGAGAUGCUGUAUUAAGGUGCAUAGGACUGUUCUAAUGCAUAUGAAAAGAAAACAAAAAGUUGAAUUUUGUGUGUAUGUGUGUGUUUUUUUUCCUUGUACAACUGCUUUGAGUGGUCAUACUUGCAUUUAGAGUUGCAAAUACUGGUUUUGCAAUAGCAGCCUUCUCUGAAUUGUCAAAUAAGAUGGUUUGUAUCUGCCUUAGUAUGUUAUUAUAAUCAGACCAAAGGGGAAUUUAUAAUCA